AGAAAUUUCCGAUAUCGCUUUUUUUUUUGUCUCUUAAGAAAUGGAAUUCCCGAAGAUUAUUGUAAGACUGUAAAUCUUUCUGGAAAAAAACUUAAGACUAAGACUAAGACUAAGACUGCUUUAUUGAUCCUUACGGAAAUUUGUUGUGAUUACAAGGACUCGUUUCUCAUAUAAAGACAACACAACAGAAAAAUACACAUAAAUACAACAGACAACAUAAAGAGUUCAUUCAGCGACUACAAACAGUCACUUUUCACCUAUUGAACAUCCCUUUGAACGAUGGACAGACAGCUGAUUUUAGUGGGUGAUCAUGAAACUCAAGAGUCUGAAGGUGGAGAAGCAGAACUACACAAAUAUUUAGCUGGCUGUAAAAAAAAUCCAGGUCAUAGACAGUUUAUACCUAUUGAUAAAUUCACAUUGAAACAUUUACCCGAAGAUCUUCAAGACAAGGAUUUGUAUGAAUACACCAAAGUUAUAGCUGAUUUGACAGUUAGAGUAGAUGUUAAAAUCACCAGUUCCGAAAGGCCAAAGUUUUGGCCAUAUCCAUAUUUGACCACUCAACCAUAUCCAUUUUACAACAUGAGGGGCAGAAGACACUUUAAGACAGGAAGCGGAAAAAUGUGUUAUGUGAAUAAGUUUCAAAGUGGGGAAAUGAUUAAUAAAGAUUUUGCAGAAAGUAAGUACACAAAGUGUUGGUGCAGAAAAUGUCAAGAUUCAGACACAGCCACCAAUGUUUGGUGGGAGUUUUAUGCGCACACAGCCACACAACUAAUUUUUGAUGACAUUGAGGCCAGCCACACGACCUUAAGAUUGUUUUAUGAUAGAGACGAUAGUCCAGUGGUUAGUGUUGCUAAGGUUAGUGUUGUAGAUGUAAACACUCAAGAAGACUGGUGUAAGUUGAACUGUGUGACAUGUGACAAAAAUAUUGGAAAUAAACUGAUGGACAUCUGGAAACGAUAUGAAAAUGUCUGGAGGAAAGUUUACAACAAAUACUUCUACUCUAGAGAUCAACACAAAUUUACCUUUAUAGUGUCACAUCCUCAUGGCUGUUCUAAGCAGAUCAGUGUUGGUCAAUGGAUGGACAAACAAAUGAUAGGUUUUAGUACCAGGUUCACCUAUACAACAUGCACAUGUCCAGGAAGUAGUGGAGCACAUGUCCAGUGUGUGGGUUAUAAUGAGGGAUGGUGCUAUCAUCUUGUUCACUCUGGCAGUUUUAAGUCUGGAUUAAAUCACAGUGGGCAUGAUUGGCUUUAGUGAAGUCUUUUUGAGAGUUUAAAUAGAAGAUGUGGUUCCCAAACCUUUUUUGUCUCGCAGACUCCUUGCCAUGUUUUCUGGUUUUUAGUAGACCCCCGGCUUAACUUAAAUUGCAUUUUCGCAAAAUCAUCUACUCUAUUUUUUGCUAAAAAAAUAAAUGUAGUGAGUUGAAGAGUUAAAAAGUAAUUUAAAGCUAUAUUUUAAGUUAGAUAUUUAUCUUUUUUAUUGAUAGAGUUACAAUUUAAAUCAAUUAAAAUAGAAACUUAUAACUCGAAUCACCAAACACACUUGUACAUCAUCCGUUGGUACGGAUAUUGUUUCAUAUAGGAAUUUGUUGCUGUAUGAAGUAGUCCUCUAAACAUAAAAUAUUAAUUAAUUAAUUGGCCUUAAGUAUCAUUGUAAGUUUUCGCAAAGAGCAGUUUCUUGUGUAUUUCGUUUUCUUUGUUGUGUGGCUUAAAUAUUGGAUCCGCAAGACUGUUUUCAAUAUCAGGAGAAGGGGAGAAGGCGAAUAACUGGCGCCUAAACCAGUAAGCUUCGAGCAGGAAGAACUCAUUAGCCUUGGCUUGCAACCCACCUCUGCUGCCUUCCAGCUAUACCCAAUCAUGGGAAAGGUGUCGUGGGUCAAACUGGAGAAAAAAUAAGGAGCCCUAACCCUAUCACAGAGAGAGAGAG